UUCUGACAAUUUUUUUGGAAAUAAAGUUUAAAUUUAGUUUUAUUAAUUCUUUUAUAAAAAAUCCACUGAGAUACACAUAAACACGUGAGAGCAUUAAUUUCUCUGGCUCUUGUCUACCUCGGAAUUACAAACUCAACGCUCUUCUUCUUCUUUUUCUUCUUCUUCCUCACUCACACUCUUCUCCUUUGUUCUGCAACAAUGCCACCACCACCACCACCUCUUCUCUCAUCACUCUUCAUUUUCUCACUCACCUUCCUCUCCCUCCUCCUCACUCCACAAGCCUCCACUCCCACCAACCCAGAUUUCCACCCACUAAUCUCCUUCAAAGCCACUUCCGACACCUCCAACAAACUCACCACAUGGAACUCCACCACCCACCUCUGCACCUGGCACGGCGUCACCUGCCUCCGAAACCGCGUCUCCCGCCUCGUCCUCGAAAAUCUCGACCUCCACGGCUCCCUCCACCCCUUAACCUCCCUCACUCAGCUCCGUGUCCUCAGCCUCAAAAACAACCGCUUCCACGGCCCCAUACCAAACCUCUCCAACCUCACCGGCAUGAGACUCCUCUUCCUCUCCCACAACAACUUCUCCGGUGACUUCCCCGUCACGCUCACCUCCCUCACCCGCCUCUACCGCCUUGACCUCUCCCACAACAGCCUCUCCGGCGAGAUUCCGGCCGCCGUAAACAACUUCACGCGGCUCCUCACACUCCGCCUUGAUGGUAACCAACUCCACGGCCGCAUUCCGAACAUGAACUUCCCCAACCUCCAAGACUUCAACGUCUCCGGUAACAAUCUCUCAGGUCGAAUACCCGUUUCUCUCUCGGGUCUCCCCGGUUCCGCUUUCGCUCAAAACCCGUCCCUCUGCGGCGCGCCGCUGCAGAAAUGCAAAGACAUCCCUGCCCUCGCUUCACCGCUGGUUCCAUCUUCCCGGAGCUCCACGCCGGAAAACGAGAACCGGAGAACCGGAGCUACGAGAAUGGGACCGAUGCUUCUAAUCGUAAUUAUCCUCGGCGACGCUCUGGUCCUCGCCGUGGUUUCUCUCCUUCUCUACUGCUACUUCUGGCGGCGACACAACUCCGGCGAGGUCAGGGAAGGGAAAGAGUCAACAGUAUCGAGUAGUACUCCGAAGCGCGUGGAGGGUGGUGGUGGUGGUGGUCGUGGUGAGAAGGUGGUUUACGCGGCGGGGCAGAACGUGUUUGAGAAGGGUAGAAUGGUGUUCUUCGAAGGAGUGAGGAGGUUUGAGCUGGAGGAUCUUCUUCGUGCCUCGGCGGAGAUGCUGGGGAAAGGUGGGUUCGGUACUGCCUAUAAAGCUGUUCUUGAUGAUGGAAGUGUUCUUGCAGUGAAGAGGCUGAAGGAGGUUCAGAUUGGAGGGAAGAGAGAGUUUGAGCAGAGAAUGGAGGUUCUGGGAAAGUUGAGACACCCCAAUGUUGUUUAUUUAAGAGCUUACUAUUUUGCCAGAGAUGAGAAAUUGCUUGUUUCUGAUUACAUGGCCAAUGGUAGCUUGUUCUGGCUUCUUCAUGGUAACCGAGGACCCGGGCGAACCCCAUUGGACUGGACCACAAGGCUGAAGAUAGCAGCCGGAGCGGCUCGAGGCGUAGCCUUCAUUCACAGCCAUAACCACCUCAACAGUAAAAACAAUAGCCUCACCCACGGUAACAUCAAAUCCACCAACGUCCUAGUUGACAGGGCGGGAAAUCCACGCGUGGCGGAUUUUGGACUCUCCAUCUUCGCGGCCCCGUCAUCUACUGGGAGAUUCAACGGUUACCGCGCACCGGAGGCCUCGGAUGGCCGGAAACAGUCCUGGAAGUCUGACGUGUACUCCUUCGGCGUUUUGCUCAUGGAGAUGCUGACUGGGAAGUGCCCCUCCGCCCUGGACGGUGGCGGAGAGGCGGUGGACCUGCCCCGGUGGGUGCAGUCGGUGGUGAGGGAGGAAUGGACGGCGGAGGUGUUUGAUCUUGAGCUGAUGAGGUAUAAAGAUAUUGAGGAGGAGAUGGUGGCGCUGCUGCAGAUUGCCGUGGCGUGUACUGCAGCUGUACCUGAUCAACGGCCUAGGAUGAGCCACGUGGUGAAGAUGAUCGAGGAGUUGCGUGGGGUCCAGGUAUCGCCGUGUCAUGACACGGUGGACUCGGUGUCUGAGUCACCAUCCCUGUCUGAAGAUGCAUGUGGAGGUGGAACUAACUAGUCAGUGAGUAAACUGGGAAAUGAUUUGUGCUCCGCUUGUAAAUCAAUUUGUUACUAGCUUGAUCAAAUUAUUAUCUGUCAUUUAUUUUUAUCU